CACAUUUCCUACUUUGGCAUAUCGUAAAACUGAAACCGCCUCUGUGGUUAAGAGUGAAAAGUCCUCUGCAUGGUUAUGCUUUCAGUCAUUUUACAGCGGGCUUAGGUGUGCUGUCUGUAUGAUGGAGGUUUUACAGCAUUUAUAUUUACAACUUCUAAAUAUACUUUUAUUCACUUUAUUGGAACUCAAAGCUGAGACACAGACACCCUGCAAAAACUUUAAUGCUGGCAGCAUCAACUCUGCACAGGGUGACAAUGUAUCUAUUUCUUGCCAUACCACAACCCUUCACUCAAAUACCUUUAGUGUAAAACUACGCAGAACCAACCCAGAUGAAGUCAUCCUACAGUAUCCAAAUCCAGCAUCACAGCUUCACAGAUGGUCUGUAAGAACUGAUGCUGGACAUGUUAUACUUGAUCUUCAAAAUAUCACUUUACUCGAUUCUGGUCAAUACGAAUGUGUGGUGAACAGGAGUUUAGGGUGUACCACAACUAAACUGUCACUGAGGGUCAAAGAGUGUAAAGUCCUGGACCCAGUUUGGACAACUGAAAAGUCUGCAGUUACACUACCCUGCUCUGAACAUCUAAACGUUGUGUGGGAAGUUAUUCAUGGUGACCAAUCAACAGAUGUAAACGAAUAUUCAUGCAAGCCCUCAGACAGCAGAAACGGUGCACCGAAGCCUCUGUGUGAGAGAGUAAGAAUAAACGGAUCUCUCAUCAUACGUGAUGUGGUAAACACUGAUGCACAAUGGUAUCGGUGUAGAGUGAAUAAAAUGCACUGCUAUGACGUAAAGCUGCACGUUAAAGGUUUGUGUUUUAAUGAAAUAUUUCUGAACCAAAAACUCAGAUUGGAUUUAACUUAGUUAAUAGAUUAAUGCAUUUAAAAACAGGCUGUGCUGUAGUUUCAUCGAAGCUAUUGUGAUAAAUUAGGCAAGGUUAUUGUUGCAUUAAUGCAAGAUUAGAUGAUGUGAGAGGUUUAUGCUAAUGUCUUAGUUAUAAUUA